CGUCGCGCCAUCCAGAAAUUUUGCUCCUCGCUCUUGUUCGUCCCCUCGUCUCCAGAUCGAGCGUACAAGUGUGCUGCUGCGCCUGGCUCCUGUCGCAACCCCUCCCGCAGCGGCGGAUCCUCCCCUCCUCUCUGAUAUUCUUUCUCUCUUCCACCCUACGCAUCCAACUUGCGCCUCUACGAACCAUCAGAGACCCCUACCACUUAGUAUAAUACCUUAAUAUUCCCAUCACCAUGGGCAAGCACGGCAAAGACGUCGAGAAGGGCGACCCCGCCCAGGAGUCUCACCGCGACGAGUACGAGGGUCUGGACGAGUACGCUGCUCUCCAGAAGUUCAUCACCACCUACCGCGACCCCAAGGCCGCCCAUGGCGAGUCCACCGAGGCCGCCGGCGAGGGCGAGGGCAAGAAGAGGGGCUGCUGGCCCUUCGGCUCCAAGAAGGGCGGCGCCACUGGCGGCGGCGACAUGACCGUUCCUCCCAACUGGCUCGAGGCCGAGAUCAACCAGGGUAUCUCUGAGAGCGAUGUCCAGACUCGCCGCAAGCGCUUCGGCUUCAACGAAAUCACCACCGAGAAGGAGAACAUGUUCCUCAAGUUCCUCGGUUUCUUCCAGGGUCCCGUCCUUUACACUAUGGAACUCGCUGUCCUCCUCGCUGCCGGUCUUCGUGACUGGGUUGACUUCGGUGUCAUUAUCGGUAUUCUCUUGCUCAACGCCAUCGUCGGUUGGUACCAGGAAAAGCAGGCUGCCGAUGUCGUCGCUUCCCUGAAGGGUGACAUCGCCAUGCGCGCCAACGUUGUCCGUGACGGUCGUGAGCAGAACAUCCUCGCCCGUGAGCUCGUCCCCGGUGACAUUGUUGUCCUCGAGGAGGGUAUGACCGUCCCUGCCGACAUCCGUCUCAUCUGCGACUACGCUACUCCCGAGGACUUCGAGCGCUACAAGGAGCUCCGCGACGCCGACAAGUUCGAGGAGGACGACCCGGAGGGUGAGGAGAAGGACGAAGAGGACGAGAGCGACAAGAACCACAAGUACGGUCAGCCUCUCGUUGCCUGCGACCAGUCUGCCAUCACCGGUGAAUCUCUCGCUGUCGACAAGUUCAUGGGCGAUGUCUGCUACUACACCACUGGUUGCAAGCGCGGCAAGGCCUACGGUGUUGCCCUCAACUCCGCUAAGCACUCUUUCGUCGGUCGCACUGCCAUGCUCGUCUCCGGCGCCAAGGACCAGGGUCACUUCAAGGCCAUCAUGGACUCCAUUGGCACGGCGCUGCUCGUCCUUGUCGUCUUCUUCAUCCUCGUUGCCUGGAUCGGUGGUUUCUUCCGUCACCUCAAGAUCGCCACCCCCGAGAACAGCUCCGUCAACCUUCUCCACUACGCCCUCAUCCUGCUCAUCGUCGGUGUCCCCGUCGGUCUUCCCGUUGUCACCACGACCACUCUCGCCGUCGGUGCUGCCUACCUUGCCGAGCAGAAGGCUAUCGUUCAGAAGCUCACUGCCAUCGAGUCCCUCGCUGGUGUCGACGUUCUUUGCUCUGACAAGACUGGUACGCUCACUGCCAACCAGCUCUCUCUCCGUGAGCCCUACAUUGCUGAGGGCCAGGAUGUCAACUGGAUGAUGGCUUGCGCUGCCCUCGCUUCUUCCCACAACAUCAAGUCGCUCGACCCCAUCGACAAGGUUACCAUUCUCUCUCUCAAGCGCUACCCCAAGGCUCGUGAGAUCCUUCAGCAGCCCUGGAGGACCGAGAAGUUCACUCCCUUCGACCCCGUCUCCAAGCGCAUCACCACCAUCUGCCACUUGAACGGUGACAAGUACAUCUGCGCCAAGGGUGCCCCCAAGGCUAUUGUCAACCUCGCCAACUGCUCCAAGGAGGUCGCCGACCUCUACCGCGACAAGGCUACCGAGUUCGCUCGCCGUGGUUUCCGUUCCCUUGGUGUUGCCUACCAGAAGAACGACGGUGACUGGAUCCUGCUUGGUCUCCUCUCCAUGUUCGACCCUCCCCGUGAGGACACUGCCCAGACCAUCAUUGAGGCCCAAAACCUUGGUGUCCCCGUCAAGAUGCUUACUGGUGACGCCAUUGCCAUCGCCAAGGAGACUUGCAAGAUGCUUGCUCUUGGUACCAAGGUCUACAACUCCGAGAAGCUCAUCCACGGUGGUCUCACUGGCUCUACCCAGCACGAUCUUGUUGAGCGCGCCGACGGUUUCGCUGAGGUCUUCCCCGAGCACAAGUACCAGGUCGUCGAGAUGCUCCAGCAGCGUGGUCACUUGACUGCCAUGACUGGUGACGGUGUCAACGACGCUCCCUCUCUCAAGAAGGCCGACUGCGGUAUUGCCGUCGAGGGUUCCACUGAGGCUGCCCAGGCUGCCGCCGAUAUCGUCUUCCUUGCUCCCGGUCUCUCCACCAUCGUCCUUGCCAUCAAGACUGCUCGCCAGAUCUUCAACCGCAUGAAGGCCUACAUCCAGUACCGUAUCGCUCUGUGUCUCCACCUUGAGAUCUACCUUGUCACCUCCAUGAUCAUCAUCAACGAGACCAUCCGUGUCGAGCUGAUUGUCUUCAUUGCCCUCUUCGCCGAUCUUGCCACCGUCGCCGUCGCCUACGACAACGCUUACUCCGAUGAGCUCCCUGUCGAGUGGCAGCUUCCCAAGAUCUGGAUCAUCUCUGUCAUCCUCGGUGCCCUGCUCGCUAUCGGUACCUGGAUCAUCCGUGGCACCAUGUUCCUGCCCAACGGUGGUAUCGUCCAGAACUUCGGCUCCGUCCAGGAAAUCCUCUUCCUCGAGGUCUCCCUCACUGAGAACUGGCUGAUCUUCGUCACCCGUGGUGGUAAGACCUGGCCCUCGUGGCAGCUCGUCGGCGCCAUCUUCGGUGUCGAUGCUCUUGCUACCAUCUUCUGUAUCUUCGGUUGGUUGUCUGGCAAGCCCCAGAUCACCUCUCCCAAGGACACCUUCAACCAGCGUCUCGACGGCUGGGUCGAUGUUGUCACCGUUGUCGUUGUCUGGUGUUACUCUAUUGGUGUCACCAUCAUCAUCGCCAUCGUCUACUACAUCCUCAACCGUCUGCCCUUCCUCCGUGACCUUGGUCGCAAGAACCGUGGCCACAAGGACGCCCGCAUCGAGAACAUCAUUGGCCGCCUCUCCAAGCUCGCUGUCGAGCACGAGGUCGACCCCGACGGACGCGGCAGGUACCACCUGGUCCAGAAGGUCGCCGAGGAGGAGGAGGACUAGAUGUCUUACACUGUUACGCAUCACGCAUAGUCUUUCCCGGUCCUUCCAGUCGAAGGACGCAGGCAUUUGGGGAGUUGGUGUUGUUACGCAUUUCCUUUU